GAACAUCGACUGUUUUUGAUAUGUAUACCCAUGUGUUCGAGUCUGCACAUCAUCUUAGAAUGUGUUUGUUGUUGAAAACUUUGAAUGGAACAUCGACUGUUUUUGAUAUGUAUACCCAUGUGUUCGAGUCUGCACAUCAUCUUAGAAUGUGUUUGUUGUUGAAAACUUUGAAUGGAACAUCGACUGUUUUUGAUAUGUAUACCCAUGUGUUCGAGUCUGCACAUCAUCUUAGAAUGUGUUUGUUGUUGAAAACUUUGAAUGGAACAUCGACUGUUUUUGAUAUGUAUACCCAUGUGUUCGAGUCUGCACAUCAUCUUAGAAUGUGUUUGUUGUUGAAAACUUUGAAUGGAACAUCGACUGUUUUUGAUAUGUAUACCCAUGUGUUCGAGUCUGCACAUCAUCUUAGAAUGUGUUUGUUGUUGAAAACUUUGAAUGGAACAUCGACUGUUUUUGAUAUGUAUACCCAUGUGUUCGAGUCUGCACAUCAUCUUAGAAUGUGUUUGUUGUUGAAAACUUUGAAUGGAACAUCGACUGUUUUUGAUAUGUAUACCCAUGUGUUCGAGUCUGCACAUCAUCUUAGAAUGUGUUUGUUGUUGAAAACUUUGAAUGGAACAUCGACUGUUUUUGAUAUGUAUACCCAUGUGUUCGAGUCUGCACAUCAUCUUAGAAUGUGUUUGUUGUUGAAAACUUUGAAUGGAACAUCGACUGUUUUUGAUAUGUAUACCCAUGUGUUCGAGUCUGCACAUCAUCUUAGAAUGUGUUUGUUGUUGAAAACUUUGAAUGGAACAUCGACUGUUUUUGAUAUGUAUACCCAUGUGUUCGAGUCUGCACAUCAUCUUAGAAUGUGUUUGUUGUUGAAAACUUUGAAUGGAACAUCGACUGUUUUUGAUAUGUAUACCCAUGUGUUCGAGUCUGCACAUCAUCUUAGAAUGUGUUUGUUGUUGAAAACUUUGAAUGGAACAUCGACUGUUUUUGAUAUGUAUACCCAUGUGUUCGAGUCUGCACAUCAUCUUAGAAUGUGUUUGUUGUUGAAAACUUUGAAUGGAACAUCGACUGUUUUUGAUAUGUAUACCCAUGUGUUCGAGUCUGCACAUCAUCUUAGAAUGUGUUUGUUGUUGAAAACUUUGAAUGGAACAUCGACUGUUUUUGAUAUGUAUACCCAUGUGUUCGAGUCUGCACAUCAUCUUAGAAUGUGUUUGUUGUUGAAAACUUUGAAUGGAACAUCGACUGUUUUUGAUAUGUAUACCCAUGUGUUCGAGUCUGCACAUCAUCUUAGAAUGUGUUUGUUGUUGAAAACUUUGAAUGGAACAUCGACUGUUUUUGAUAUGUAUACCCAUGUGUUCGAGUCUGCACAUCAUCUUAGAAUGUGUUUGUUGUUGAAAACUUUGAAUGGAACAUCGACUGUUUCUGCAUUUUACGUCAGCGAUAACAUGAUUCGAUAGUUUCCGUAUAUUACGGGCGUUUCCGGAAACAACUGUUACAACAAUACGAUGACGUUUCAAUGUGAUUAUAGACGUCAAAGUCGCUACACGUUCAUUCUUCUGUAUUUAGCUUAAAUUCAGAAAUAUGUUAACGAUGUUGCAAUUUCACGUCUAUGAGCAUAUUUAACGUGUACAAGAAAACAUUAAAAUACUUGGGAAUGCAUAAAUAGCACAUACAAAUGGCGAAGCUGUCAGGAUGGUUAGCUGUUAUUUUAAUCAUGUUCUACAGAGUGGAUAUCACCAACUCAGAUGAUGACAGUGACAAACGACACCCCAGCAAAAAAGACAAGAUGGAAUACUGAUAUAUUAAUAUAUCUAAGGAAAAGAAUACAAAAAACAAAUUGGAAAUGAAACAUGAGGAACUGGAAAAAAACAGAAAAAAUUAAUACUAAAUUUUAUUUAGAAAUUCAGGAACGUUUCCAAAAAAUGGAACUAGAGAAGCAGCAGUCGACGCUGAUGAUGGAACUCAUAAAACAAUUGAACAAGAAAAAGAGUCAAUAUCUUAUUGCAUCUUAAUUACAAGACAUGGAUAAAGUUACGCUUGCCAAACGUUGAAAUUAUUUUGAUCUGGUAUAUAUUAUUAUAAAUAAUUUCAGUUACUUUUUAACAUAUUUAAAGUUCAAGAUAUUGUUCAAUUGUUGGUGGGCUCACUCCAGAGAAUGUAGUUUCACUGCCAUACAAGCAAGUCUGGCAAUUAGUUAAAGGGACAUUUCAGAGUUUGCUGCA